AUGCCUAGUAAAGAAUCGCAGGAUUGGGACAGUCUUGUGGCAUGGUUCGAGGAAUGCCAUGUGGGGUUUCGCAUGAACAUUGAGUUGAGGGAUACCCCAGGUGUUCUUCGUGGUCUUGUUGUCACGGAAGAUGUAAAGGAGCGAGCCACGUUACUGCACAUCCCAGCUGCCUCCAUGCUCAACCCCCUCACUCUCCUUGCCUCCGACUCGACCUCCAAAGUCCUAUCAAAAGGCCCAAACUUUUCCAUCCCCCGACAUCUCUUUCCCCAACCAUCACAUGUCACAUCAGCCGCCAACUCUUCAAAGCGCCUCAAAACCUCGCCUGCUGGCACUGACUCGUCGCAAAGCCAGCAGCUAGACACCACCGAGCUUCUCACGCUCCAUCUCGCUCUGAGCCGAGACCCUCACAAGAGAUAUACAUCAGACUGGCAGGUAUACCUCGAAACGCUUCCCAAAGAUUUCAGGCCUUGGCACCCAUUAACGUGGCUCGUCAAACCAGACCCCGGAACAAAAGAGGCAGUGGAAGGCUGGAAAUGGUGGGCUGAUUUGUACGAAAAUCACGCAUCACCGACCUUGAAAUUGAAAGUGGCAGAGGUGAAGAAGCGAUAUGACGCGGACAAGGCUGUGAUAUUGUCCACUCUGCGUACCGAGGAACCAUUCAAAUCUCAUUCCCUAGCAACAACAUUGACAGAAGAAGAUUUACUCUGGGCAUGGCUCAAUAUCAAUACUCGAUCUAUAUCCAUCCCUCUCGGCUUACCAGGCCCUACAGAGAGGAUGAACCACACACUGGUUCCCAUCCUCGAUAUGAUCAAUCAUUCUUCAGAUCCCUCUGUUACUGCCCCACGUGUAAAACAACUCCCUGCUCCCACCCCCACACCAGCGUCAUCCACUACGCGCGCCAAGAAAUCCCAUAAGUCUACAAGUUCCGACGAUUGGGCCAGCCACGGUACCCGCUACUCCCGCAACGGUCUCCACCUCGUCCCAGGCAAGAUUGAUCUCGAACUCGUCGCCCCAGAGCGCAAGAUGGCACAAGGCGAAGAAGUCAUGUUUGAAUACGGCGGGCAUGACAACGCGACUCUGCUGGCAGAGUAUGGUUUCUUGGAAGAGCCAGAUGGGGCCGAUGAUCAAAAGUGGUUGAAUCUAAAGUAUGGAGAGCUCGAUGUGGGGUGGAUUGUGGAUGAGUUGUGGGCGGAAAAGGUAGGGUCUUUGGAAGAGGACGAAGAAGACGGAGAAAAAGGUGAAAAGCGAAAGGCGCUGGAGGGUAUCGGAUGCUGGGGGCGCGUCUACUUUCUCUGUUCUAUCUGCAUGGCCUUGCUGACCCACAAUAGCGCCAACAUCAUACACGCACAACCCUCUCCUCCACACCCCUCCCACUCUCUUCUCAUGACCCUUCGUGUCUUGCACCUCCCUCAAGGCUCACCCAAGCUCACUGGUAUCCAACAAGGAUACUCGACCUACGUCUCUCCGUCAAACGAGCUCGCUGUCAUGUCGUCUUUGGAGCAUAUCUGCGCGAGGGUGGUCCAGGAAGCUGAGAAAAGGUUGAAGAAUCUGAAAAAGCUGGACAAGGAACUCAAGACUGAGAAGGGAUCAAUUGCAGAGAGACAGACGAUGCUGGAGAUGAUGGAGGGGUUGUAUACGGAGGAGAAAGUGCUAGCCAAGAAUAUCCUGGGGAGGAUAGAAGCCGGAGAGGAUCUUUCAUGA